GCAGCAGCAGCAGCACCACCAGCAACAUAACGCAUAUUAUGCCCAGCAACAGCAGCCAAAUGCAUAUGCCGCGCCCUUGGCUGGGAGGCCGAUGUCUGCCACGAAUAUCUCUGUUGCUGACAACCAGGUCGGCACUGCAAGUGCCAUGCAUAGCUCGCCGUCUCUGCCGCAGCUGACGCCGUCUGAUUCCGUUCCGCCACAGCCUGAGAUAUUGCACGGCGCGAACGCAAGCGGCCUAUCGCACCCAGCGCAGACACACGCGGACUAUGCCAGCACGGACUAUCGGCCAGCAGCAGGCGGGCCGGUGACAUCGGUUACUCAUGAAAGCCGUCUUCACCACCCUUAUCGUUCGGCAUCCCAGGCUGAAAAUUCGCAGUCCGCAGCCGCACGCAACCGCAGCCGUGGCCGUGCCCAUGGUCACGAUCCGAAUCUGUAACGCCGGAAUGUGCCUCAGGAGGGAUGACAGUACAUUGAAAUGAUGCCGUCAUCGUGGCCGCUUGCUGCUGAUGAGCAAUGCGUCUGUGCUUCCCUCACUGUAAAAAAGAAAUUGUUGUGCAGCAUCCAUCCAUGCGUGUAGCGGCAAUGCUGCAAGCCCUAGACGUCUGUUACUCCGUAACGCACACAAGUUAUGCAUUUUUAUUUUUAUUUUUAUUUUUAUACAUUUCGUUAUUAUUUUGUUUUAUUUGAUAUAUGCAAAUUGUCGUUUGUUC